AUGACGGCGAAAAAGGUGGAGGCCAAGUUAGCCGAUGGUGACAUUCGGGGAGCAAUUCGCCUCGCAUGCUCAGAUGACACCAUCGCUCCGUCCGACGAUGAGACCCUCGCCGCCCUUCUCACAAAACAUCCCUCCCACCCACAACCAGUCGAUUUUCCUCCACCACUUGAGGAUCCUGUCAUUGCCCCUGUUUUAGACGAAGAGUUGCUUCGGGCAAUUUCCUCUUUUCCGCCAGGGUCCGCGGGGGGACUGGACGGAAUGAGGCCCCAGAUCUUGAAGGAUCUCCUGGGGUGCAGUCAAGGAGAAGGGGGCGACCAACUCGCCGAAGCGAUGCGGACCUUCCUCAACAAGGUCCUCAACGGUGGUGUCCCCUCAACUUUUUGCCCCCUCUUUUACGGAGCUUCCCUCACUGCCCUGAAGAAGAAGUCGGGCGGGAUUCGACCCAUCGCUGUGGGUAAUACGUGGCGGCGCCUUGCCGCGAAGAUCAUUGUGGGAAGGAUUACCCCUCAGUUAAUCAAGCCUUUUUCCCCCCACCAAUUGGGGGUGGGCAUCAAAGGCGGGGCGGAGAUUGGCGCCCACGCAGCCCGAAUUUUUUACGGCCACGACCACACCUCCCCAAAAGCGUUCCUGAAAAUCGACUUCAGGAACGCCUUCAAUGAAAUUCGGCGGGACACGCUACUCCACGCCGUCCGCGACCACUUUCCCUCCAUCUUUCCUUUUGUGGCGCAGUGCUACGAAAGCCCCUCGUCGCUUUUCUACGGGACCAUCCCCAUCCCUUCCCUCCUUGGGUGCCAUCAGGGCGACCCCUUAGGCCCCGCCCUCUUCUCCCUCGUAAUCCACCCCAUCGUCGAAGCCAUGGAAACGAAACUAAACUUAUGGUACCUCGACGAUGGGGCCAUUGGGGACUCUCCCGAGAAGGCUUUGGCGGCCCUGGCAACCAUUGCUAGGAUGAGUGGUGAGGUGGGCCUUCACCUCAACCACGACAAAUGUGAAGUCGGGAUUCUGGGGGCGGAGCGGGAGGCCGCCAUCGACAUCCUGCUCCAAUUCCAACAAGUUGCCCCCGGGAUUCAGCUUAUGUCCCCUGAUUCUGCGAUGCUGCUGGGCGCCCCCUUAACUAACGAAGCCCUGGGGGUGGUUCUGGCCACGAAGACGCAGCAAUUGGCCACUUUCUCCCAACGACUCCUCGAUCUCUCGGCUCAUUCGGCCUUUUUCCUCCUGAGGGCGUCCAUCUCCAUCCCCCGGCUGAUUUACUUUCUCCGCUGCGCACCGUCGUGGAGAAAGUUGGACGCCCUCGCCCACUACGACGCUACUCUGAAGGACGCCCUGGAAGGGAUCCUCAACUGCACUCUCUCGGAGGCUGCUUGGAUGCAGUCCUCCCUACCCGUGAAGGAAGGCGGCCUGGGGCUCAGGCACGCUGUGGAUGUGGCGAUACCGUGCUUUUUAGCGUCGGUCCACAGCGUCCUGCCCCAUGUAGAACGUCUCCUUCCGGACCACCUCCAUGGCACCGACAUCGCCAUGGCAGAGGGUGUGCAGCGGUGGACCGACCUUGACCUCACCGACCUUCCACUCGAAACCGUCAGAGGGAUUCAAUCGGCGUGGGAACGCCCCAUACUGGACAACACUUUGUCCAAACUCUCCGAAUUGGCAGUGAUCCCGGAGGAUACUGCCCGUCUACGUUCCCUCCGUGACAAAUACGCCGGGGUGUGGCUCAACGCCCUCCCCUCUCCACAACUGGGCACCCUUCUCCCCAACGAGACCUUUCGGGUUGCAAUCGCCCUCCGCCUAGGCUGCGAUAUCUGCGAGCCCCACAAGUGCCCGUGCGGGGCGCAGGUCACCUCCAGAGGCUACCACGGCCUCUCCUGCCGCCGAAGUAAGGGUCGUUGGUCCCGCCAUGAGGCCGCCAACGACGUCAUCGCAAGAGCCCUCCGGUCUGCCGAAGUACCCUGCAUCAGGAGCCCGCGGGGUGCUCCACUACGGACGGCAAGCGUCCCGACGGGAUGA